CUGAGUAAAUAUUGUCUUAAACCAAUAAAUACUAUAACCUUUAACAUUAGCGAAAAUGGGUCUAAGCUUUGUUGCAAAAGUGGUCUUUUUUCUCAGUGCUGCAAUUUGGGCAGUCUGUGAAGCUGAAACCAUCGUUGUUGGAGGCUCUGAAGGUUGGCAUUACGGCUACAACUACACUAAUUGGGCAAUCGACAACAGCCCUUUUUACAUGAAUGACAAACUGGUGUUUAAGUACAAUCCACCGAGAAGUGCAGCGUCAGCAUACACAGUCUACUUAUUACCGAAUCUGUUGAGCUACAUAAGGUGCGACUUCAGUAAGUCUAAGAAGUUGGCAAAUUCGAACCAAGGCAGUGGAUUAGGCCUCACGGUGGAGCUCAACCAGUGGCGCCCUUAUUACUUUGCCAGCAAUGGCGGCAAAGGCAACAGCAGCCACUGCAAAGACGGACUUAUGAAGUUCUUUGCCGUACCAUGGCCUCGCAUUUAAAUAGUUAUCUCUCUUUCUCUCUCUAUAUAUAUAUAUAUAAAUAAAUAAAUAAAUAGAUGAAUAAAAUAUUAUCCGAAAGAGAAUUGGAUGAAGGAACGGUUUAAUAAUUUAGAACCAAAGUAAUAGGGCUGUCCUUUUCCCUGGUUUUGUUUUAUCAGCUUGAUCAAUAUUAUUUGGACUAUUUAAAUUUGUAAUACAGUUUACUACGUACUUGUACUGAUCUUGCGUUGCAUAUGUUAUUUAUUUUAUUUCAAUCCACCACAUGUAAAGAGGAAGAAAGAAAUAAGAAGUACCACUUCAUUUUCACGUA